UGCUCCCUCCCCUCCUCUCACUCUUUACUCUCCUCCCCCUCGUCUUUGAGACAGGGUCUUGGCCUGCAUCCCAGGCUGAUCGGGACCCAUGAUUCUCAGCCUCUGCUGAGCUUGGAUUGCAGCUGUGCAGCACAUCCAGACAGAGGAGCUUCUGUCGGAAGCGGCACCAGCAGAUGUUCACUUGGGGACUGUCAGCAGCCAGUCCCCAGAGAGAAGCCUGCCUACCGCACCCGGUGUUACCUGUGGGAGAGAUGAUGGCACGGAUUGAGGAACACUGCUGCCACCUGGUGGAAAAGACUGCUGUUUCAUCUCUGUGCGCGUCUAUAGCUGCUGAGCGCCAAGACCAAGUCUGGAGCCAGAUAGAUGCAGACCCCUGAAUCUCAGGACAAAAAUGCAAAGGGGAUCCCCAGACAGAAAAAUUCACACCUUGGGAAGUGUAGAGCCUCCACUCAUAUCUUCCCCCUACACAUUGGUUUGCUCUUCCCUCUUAAGCUUUCUGCAAAUUAAAUGAGUCAAUCUGUGCAAUUUUUUUGGCAUUUUAAUAAGUAUUCAAUAAAUAACAGUUGUGGUUGAUCCAAAGGACAGCUGGAGCUGUGUAGCCACUUCACCUCCCAAGUAUAGCCGCUGCACAAAUGCAUCGUUGCAUCGUCCCAGCUAAGUUCUGGGACACCAGUGACAAUUGACUGAGCCCAAGGCCUUGUGUAUGCUGAGCAAAAGCUCUCUCCCCCGAGCCACACCCCGAGACCUCCACCACUGCUGCUGCUGUUGUCAUCAGUGAGGUCCCUGAGGAUGAGGGUCAGUGGGCUCUUCUGCAUCAGGAACUGGAAGCACCCCCCACAGUCAGGCUAGCGGAAUGGCGCUGGCCUGUGACAUCAUAGAAUCCCACACAGUGAGGGGUAUGAAGCUUCGGCAGUGGGUGUCCAUAUGGGUGUGCCUGUGGAUGGCUGAGUUGGGGACUGUAGGAGCAGCACCCAGAAGAGAUGGCACCAAGGCCUCGACACCAGGAGCCGACAUCCGGCUCUUCGUAGACAGGCCUGACUUUUUUGACUACCCAGACUCAGACCAAGCUAGUCUUUUUGCUGUGGCCCAGUUUAUUGGAGAGAAACCUGUGACCUUUGUUGAGACAGGUCCUGGCCCUGGGCUCUUCCGGCACAUCCUGGUGAGCGCGUUGGCGGUGGCUUUCUCCCUCUUCCUCUUCCAGUUCUGCACGCACGUGAGCUUCCAGAAAGGAGCCUAAGGAGCGGGAGCCAGCCAGGAGCCGCGCGCCCACCGGGUCUUCUGCUGGGAAACAAAGGCAGCGCCUCCUCCCUUCCUGGCUGCGCAGCGGCCCUCUAGGCGGCCACUCACACCUCUCCUUCCUCCCAGGCCUCCCUGGGACCCUCUUUGUGGCCAUCCCCGCCCAUCACCUCCUUCCUUCCUCACUGCUCAUUGGCCCAGCCCGAAAGAACUGGACCCGAGGGUCUUGCUGGCGUUCACGAAGAUCGACUUUAUUAGCGGUCUGUAAAAGCACCUCCCAGGGUCAGUGACCCCAGAUCGGAGGAAGCCGUGAGAGGUCUGUAGCACCAGGGACAAGCCAGGGCCCGAGGGCGAAAUGUGCAGCCUAACGGAAGGGACUGGUGCCCUUGCCUGCCCCCAGGGUUGCUCAGCACUGGGAAGGUUGUAGGGGAGCAAUUACCUCCCUCCCCACACUCCAACAAAUUAGAGAUAGGCGAAUAAAUAAAUAAGGUUCCUCA